CAGACAUUGGGAAAAAUACAUCACGCAUUCUUUCCAUUCUUUCUUACUUUUUCUUGCUUUCAAUACCUUUGUCAAAGAUUUCCCUUUUUUCGUAUCGUGUGUUGAAGAAAUCAGUCAACAAUGGAUCCUCAGCAACAACAACUGAGUCACGAAAAUGACAGUUGGAAAAAGUCCUUAAACUUACCCAAGAAAGAUACUCGACCGCAAACUGAAGAUGUCACUGCUACUAAAGGAAAUGAAUUUGAAGAUUACUUUCUGAAACGAGAACUUUUGAUGGGCAUCUUCGAAGCUGGAUUCGAACGUCCUUCCCCUAUCCAAGAAGAAGCUAUUCCUAUUGCUUUAGCCGGCCGGGACAUUCUCGCUCGUGCCAAAAACGGUACUGGUAAAACUGCCGCUUUUAUCAUUCCCACCUUAGAAAAGAUCAACAACAAAAAGAACAAAAUUCAGGCUCUAUUGUUAGUUCCCACACGUGAAUUGGCUCUUCAAACUGCUCAAGUUUGUAAGACUCUGGGCAAACAUUUGAAUAUUCAAGUUAUGGUUACAACUGGUGGUACUACUUUGAGAGACGACAUUAUUCGACUUGGCGAGACAGUUCAUGUUGUCGUGGGUACACCAGGCCGUAUUUUAGAUUUGGCUUCGAAGCGCGUGGCUGACUUCAGUGAAGCAACGACUUUUGUGAUGGAUGAAGCUGACAAACUCUUGUCACCCGAAUUCACGCCCAUUAUUGAACAGUUGAUCGGUUUCUUCCCAAAGGAUAGACAGAUCAUGUUAUUCAGUGCUACUUUUCCUAUGAUUGUAAAGAAUUUUAAGGACAAGUUCUUAGUGAAGCCUUAUGAAAUCAACUUAAUGGACGAGUUGACCUUGCGUGGUGUCACUCAAUAUUAUGCUUAUGUCGAAGAAAGACAAAAGGUUCAUUGUUUGAACACGUUGUUCUCAAAGCUUCAAAUCAAUCAGUCUAUCAUCUUUUGUAAUUCUACCAAUCGCGUUGAACUCUUAGCCAAAAAGAUCACUGAGCUCGGCUACUCUUGUUUCUAUUCGCAUGCAAAAAUGUUACAGAGUCACCGUAACCGUGUUUUCCACGACUUUAGAAAUGGCGUUUGCCGUAACUUGGUUUGUUCCGACUUACUCACACGUGGUAUUGAUAUUCAAGCAGUCAAUGUAGUUAUCAAUUUUGAUUUCCCUAAGAAUGCCGAAACCUAUCUUCACCGUAUUGGUCGUUCUGGUCGUUUCGGGCAUUUAGGUUUAGCCAUCAAUCUGAUUACAUAUGAAGAUCGGUUCAACUUGUACAAAAUCGAGCGUGAAUUGGGUACUGAAAUUCAGCCCAUUCCUCCUGUCAUUGACAAAACAUUGUAUGUAGCGCCCAAUGCUUUGGAUGAAGCCCAAAUCCAACAGCCUAAUCGUCAAGAGGCUAUGGCUACACGUCAGCAACAACAACAAGAAGAACAGCAACAAGGCGAAGAGGGUGUUGUGAUGAACAGUAAUAAUAACGUUUCGAUGAUGGCACAGCCACAACAACAGCAGUACCGUCAACAUCAGCAAUACCGAAGAAAUAACAACUACAACAAUAACGGUGGACAAAGAUUCAACAAUAACAACAACAACAAUCAAUACAGACGUCGUAAUAAUAAUAAUUAUAAUAAUAACUCGCAACAAAACCAACAAAAUCAACAACUUUCUUCUAGACCGUAAAAAGAAAUGUACAUUGCCAGAAGACGAGAGUAGCUUUAUAUUCUUUAUUUUGUAUUUUUACUGUAUACGUACCACAAUAUUAGUAUUGUUUUUAUUGCUACAGAAAUACGCGUCAUCUUUUCACAACAUUCUCUUCCUAUUUUGUCACACUUGUAAAUAUGUUUUUGAACACUUCAUUCCCUGUACCUUUUUCUUAAAGAUGAUUGCGCAAACUCUUGUAAAGAAAUUCGAAAUAAACAGUGUUUAACUGCUAUUUUAGACUUUUCACAAAUUUUAUUGGAC